ACCCACAAAUGUUCUGGAACACUCCAGAGGCCCCCAAGCAAAGGGCUGGAAGCAGGAGAGGGUUCAGUACGCCCAGGGUGAUGCCUGCUCCCAAUCUCCCCGCAUCCCCAGCAGGCCUCAUGUGGAGACUGGCACUGGCUGGGGUACUCCUGACAGCCACAAAGGCCUGUAUCUUCUGCCGCCUCCAGGACAGAGACUUGUCUGGCCGCCUGGCUCGGCUCAUCAGCCAGAUGGAGCCCCAGUGGAAGGAGUGGGCCUCCCCAGACUUCUCAGCUUUUGCCCUGGAUGAGGUAACCAUGAACAAGGUCACAGAGAAGACUCACAGGGUCCUGCGGGUCAUCGAGAUCAAAAGGUCUCUUUCUCUCCUCCCGCCUUACUGGCAAUGGCUUCAGAAGACUCAAAUCCCCCAAUACAUCUGGGAAGCCCUCUGUGCUCCUGUCUGCCUGCCGCUCCAGCUGUCGCCUACAGGGGGCAGCACAAUCCUGUACAACUGCUCCACCUGCAAGGCUGCUGAGGUGCCCUGCUGGCCCCGCCAUCGCUGCUACCCAGGAAGUCAUGAUCUUUGGGAAGCCAGGAUCCUGCUCCUGUCCGUCUCAGGAGCUGCCUUGUUGAUUGGUUUUGUCAUCCUGCAGGUGGAGUCCCGCCAGCUGCAAGCGGAGGGUGCCUGGUGA